GAUCUUACAGUAUCUCCUCGAAGAAUGAAAUCAGUGUUUGUGUAAUCAUCUGUGAUGUGUCAUGUGUGUGUGAACAUCUACUCCAAAAUGUCCCCCUAUUAUAGAGAAAAUGUAAUUUUUCAUUCCAAUAAUAUGCCAUUGUCUAUGAUUAGCAAUCUAUCUGUUAUUGCGUACAGUAAAACUUUAUUUCAUAUAUAUAUAUACUAUAUCUUCUCUGUUUAUAAGCCGUGUUGUUGUGAAGAUCUGGACCACAAGGUUCAGCAGCAAUGUGAUUAUCCCCAUCAUGUGAUCUACAGCCGGGGGUAUGAAAGAGGGCCUUUUAUAUGAGCUGAAAGCAUUUCUCAGAGCUUUGCAUGGACUGAAAAGAUCGACCAGAUGCUCUUCAGCUCGGGAAGAGGAGCAGCUGAGUUGUUGUUUUUUGUCAUGGAUCAUCCCACCUCCGGCCAACACAGCCAACCCAGCCACACCUCAAGCUUUCAGUGGCUUUCUUUUGCUUACCAGAGUCUAACAGAAAUCCCCUAUGAAACCAUUCUGCAACAGACAGACUCACUGGAGGUGCUGGACCUGAGUUACAACCUGCUGGAUGAUCCUUAUUGGAACCCGGCUCUGCUGGGCCAGCUGGAGAAGCUCAGCACUCUGAUCCUGGACUGCAACAACUACACAUCUCACAUCAAGUUCCCCUACAUGCCCAGUGUCACCACAGUGUGCAUCAACAAGAACAAGAUCAACAAUCUGCCUGUGUUUGUGGAAGAAAUCCGACGGAAGUUCCCAAACAUAAAGAUCCUCAGUAUGAUGAACAACGGGGCAGCCCCUAGCUAUUUCAAUGGAGGAAGUCUGACUCAGUACGAAGACUACAGACAGUAUGUCAUCAGUCAGAUCCCAGGCCUAGAGAUUCUGGAUGACACUGAGGUCAUGGAGAAGGAGAGAGUCCAGGCUAAAAAAACCUACAGACUGCAGCAGAGCAGUCACAGCAGCAGAAAGAAGGAGGACUCAUCAAAGAAACACACACACGUGCAGAAAAAGCCAAAUACUGUAACAAGACAAUAG